UUCUAAUCACAUGCAAGCCUGCCCAGGGAACGGCGGGCUGAGGACGGUUUCCUUCUGUCUUAUGAAGAUCAGCAGCAUUUCCUGUGCCCUGUGCCUCAUUAGCACGUCGGUGAUGUUGCUUCCUGUGGCUGACUCUGUGUUUCCAUCUGGCAAAGUGGUUUGCUGUUUUUGCUCUGAGGUUCUGGCGGGUGGAGGAUGACGCGUUUCUCACGGAGCCUUUCCUGGGCCUCUUGGCAGUUCCUCCCUCGGAGCCCCUCAUGUUUGUACCAGAAGGCAGGGGCCGGACGUUCUCCCUGAGUGGCCUCACACUGGGAACACCAGCGCCAGGAUGAGAGCUCACCUCCACCUGCCCCAGGUAGAACCAAACCUGUUGUUUUUGUAGGUUGAAUCUACUCAGCCUGGCAUUUCAGGGAGUCUUUUGGGGGGGAAAGAAAGUUCGAGAAUAGAAGAUUGGAAACUUAAGAAAGAAAAUCCAGAGACUUUUUUUUUUAAUGGCAAAGAAUUUUGAUGAAUAAAGACUUAGGAAGAGGAAAACUUGAGAGUAAAUUUGAGUAUUGGGGAACGUUUGGAGGACACAGAGAUUAGGAUUUCUGUCAUUCUUAUAUUUUCUAAAAAUACACCGAGUAGUUAAAUUCAAAACACGAACCAGUUCGCCUCUUCUCCUGGGAGUCAGCAACUUAGGACUAGGAGCAGACAUGCUGGCUAGCUUGUUAUGACUGAGGAAAGGCACAGGCUUCAAAGCCAGAGAGCACCUCAGAGGCUCUCCCAGGAUGGAUGUCACCAACUCAACCCUACGGGAUAGCAAGAGUACCUUGCAGCCCAGCACUCCACGGGUGAUUCUCGGCAGCCAGGAAAGCCAGCCGGAGCAUGGCACUUGGUUUUCCUCCUAGAGAUAACGACAAGAGCAGCAUCAUCUUUUCUGGGUUAGUGGGACUCCUGGCUGUCCUCCUGCUCAUCACAGUGGCCUGCAUCCUGUGGAACUGGAACAAACGGAAGAAGCGGCGGGUUCCUUACCUCCCAGUGACUGCCAUGCCCUCAUUGACUCUGCCUCGACCCAGACCACGAGCCAAAAAUAUUUAUGAUCUCUUGCCUCAGCGGCAAGAAGAGCUGGGGAGACAUCAGCCAAGGAAUAUCCGCAUGUUCAGUGCCGAGAGCCUCCUGUCCAGAAAUUCCGACAGCCCGGAGCAUAUGCCCUCCCAAGCAGAGAGCACCCUCCAGAUGCACACAGCCCAUAUCCACACCAUGGGAUAUGCAGUUGGUGUCUACGACAAUGCAACGGUGCCCCAGGUGUGCAGGAACGUCACUCCCUCGACACACUAUGUCAAUGUCAGAGCUUCCAGGGAUGUCUCGAGCACUUCUUCAGAGGAUUCAAAUGAUUAUGUCAAUGUCCCCACAGCAGAAGAGAUGGCUGAGACUCUAACUCCUAACAACAGCCUGCCUGAAAGUCUCCUUGUUCUUUCAAGCGCCCAGCAGUCGGACUUAACUGAGAAAAGACACAAGGGCUGUGGGGAUGCCAGUGACUGUACCAGCUUUUGGGCUCCAGGAACUAAGGACAGCGAUCCACUCAGCGAUGGGGAGGAUUCUUCUCAGACCUCAAAUGACUAUGUCAACAUGACAGGUUUGGAUCUCGAGGACAUCCAAGAGGAGUUGCCCUGGGUGGCUUUUCAAUGCUGCAGAGAUUAUGAGAAUGUCCCACCAGCAGAUCCCAAGGGAAGCCAGCAGCAAACUGAAGAAGAAGUGACAACUUCAAACACAGACCAUGAAGAGGGAAAGACAGAUGGCCCGGGGACAGACAUCCAUCCUCUCACAAGGAAUUCCCUAUCUUCAGGGCACUGUGUAUCCCCACUGAGUGAGGACUGUCAGAUGAAACAUGAAGAAGAAAUGUCACACGAAGACACUCAUGACUAUGAGAAUGUGCUACCUGCCAAGUUAGGAGGCAGAGACAGGGAGCAGGGGCCUGGUGCUCAGCUCCCUCCUGAUGAAUGAAUACCCCGUUGCCCAGCUGGAAAGCCACGCAAAGUGGUCUAUCCUGUUGGCUCCUCAGCCGCUGAAGAGUCUCUAGUGAAGACCCUUGACCACCCUCGAACGUCAGUGGAUUCCCUUGGUUAGAUUAGCCAGAGGCUGAAAGGAGCAAGAAGCUCAAAGGCUGCCCGAAGGCAAAGGUUUGGGAAAUCCAGGAAGGAAUGCUUCUCCAGCAAAGUGCUGUUGUCUCUCAGGCCAGCCUAAGAAUGUCUGCUGGAGCUGCCCUUCCCGACUGUUGGGAAAUAGAAGAAGAGAGUACUUAGCACCCAGAGGAAGAGGGCUAAUCACCUGCACCAAUACCAGCAGGUGGCAAGGGUGUAGAUUAUUUUGUGAUCCAGGCAGAGACCUAAGGAAAGGAGAAGUUGUUUUAAAAAGUAUAGACAACAAAAUGCUGGUGAGGAUGCAAAACAACGGGAAUUCUCAUUGUCACCAAUGGGAUGGCAAAGCAUAGCAGCUAUUUUGAAAAACUGUAUGGAGGUUUCUUAUAAGGAUCUAAAUAUGGGAGGCAGCCAUUUCACUACCAGAAACUGACCCAAGUCAACUGGAAUCUUACACUCACACAACAACCUACACAAGACUGUUUAAUAGCAGUUUCAUUAAUAAUUGCCCAAAAAACUAGAAAUAAUCCAGAUGUGCUUCCACAGAAGAAUGGAUAAACCAAUUGUGGAUAUUCAAUCCAUGAGUGGCUAUGAGCCUGUCCAUACUCAGCAGGAUAAAGGAAUGAACCAUUGGUUCAAAUAACAACAUGCUCUUAAAUGCAUUUUGCUAAGUGAAAGAGGCUUAGACUUAAAGAGUUACAUAUUUGUAAGACAUUCAGAAAAAGGCAAAGAAAUAGGAAUGGAAAAUAUGUCAGUGUGAAGAAAGGAGGCGCUCACUAUGAGGACCUGCACAAGGGAAUCUUUGAGUGACAGACUGUUCUACAUGGUACUUUGGUGGCGGGUUUAUAACUGUAUACAUUUAUCAAAACACAAAGAAGCACAUACCAUGAAGAGGGACUUUUAUUUAUGUGAAUAUAAAAAAGAUAAUCAGGCUAUCCUGAAAACUCAGAAUAUGACAAACGAAUCUAGUUGUAUAACAAAUGUAUAACAUAGCCUCAUUGAAGGGAGUGAGGGAUUAAAAAAAAAACUAAACUUAAACUUGGAAAGCAAUGUUUUGGCUUAAAAUUUAUAAGAUUAAAAUAAGAAAGAACUGUAUACAAACAGUGCAGUAUUGUUGGCAAAUUGUCUUGCACAGAUACCGGGUUGGCAAUUCUGAAACUACUUUGUAUACUAGGGUUGUACAGAUAAAUAAAUCUACUGUUGAUAAAGAAAGAGAGGUUUCUCACUGGCCCAGAAAGAAAUGACAAUGAGGUAGGGAAAGCUAGGAGGGACCCUGUGAGGUUGUAUUAGAGUUGGCAAUACAGCUUGAACGCUUGUUUAUUUUAAUAGGUAUACAAAGAAAUAAAUAUGUAUACAUAAGCGUAUACAAACAUAUGCUUCCUAGUAUUGUCCAUUAAGAGGACCAAGAAGUAAUGACACCCCAGCAGCAAUGACCACACUCAGCACCCAGAUCCUAGUUUCAAAAUGCUAUUCUCCAACAAAAGGAACCCAAGUUCCUUGGAGAAAUGGCUAGUUCUAGGGCUGAGAUGGAGAAAAUGCAGAAUGAGCUUACGUAUCUUACAGAAAAGGAGCGGAAGAGAGAGAGAGAGGGAAGAGAUGACCACAUGUCAAAAAAAAAAACGCACCUGGCAGGCAUAUUGG